UCACGAAUUCAAACAGGACAGGCCAUGGCUAUGGCAACGUCUAUACUUGGGGAAGAACCACGAUUUGGGACUACUCCUUUGGCCAUGCUGGCUGCAACCUGCAACAAAAUCGGUAACACCAGUCCCCUUACCACUCUGCCCGACUCCAGCGCUUUUGCCAAGGGGGGAUUUCAUCCUUGGAAAAGAUCUUCCUCGAGCUGUAACCUGGGAUCAAGCCUCCCGGGAUUCACCGUGGCUACGAGCAGAGCAUCGACCGGACUAACAUCCACGAGUGGCGCGAAUAACAGCGCGUUUUGCCUAGCCUCUACCUCCCCGACAUCAUCCGCGUUCACGACAGAGUACAGCAGUAUUUUUUCGAACUCGGCGACGGUGUCGUCGCAGGAGUCGGGACAGUCAGCCUUCAUCUCCAAAGUUCACACUUCAGCGGAGAGCCUGUACCCGCGGGUAGGGAUGGCGCACCCGUACGAGUCGUGGUACAAGUCCGGCUUUCACUCGACCAUCUCGACCGAAGUUGCUAACGGGGCGUCCUCUUGGUGGGACGUUCACAGCAACGCGAGCUCCUGGCUCGAGGUCCAGAAUCCAGCCAGCACCCUGCAGACGUCUUUGCACUCCGGAACUCCCCAAGCCAUACACUCUCAGCUGGGUGGGUAUAACCCCGAUUUUUCCAGUUUGACGCACUCCGCUUUCAGCUCCACCGGAAUAAGCCCCACAGCGUCUCACCUCCUGUCCACAAGCCAGCACCUGUUGACACAGGAAGGAUUCAAAACCGUGAUUCCCUCAUACACGGACUCUUCCGCGGCUAACACCAUGAUAUCAGGAGCGAGCUCUGGAAUAGGAAGCUCAUCGAGGUCCUCCCGGAGGUACUCCGGCAGGGCAACGUGCGACUGCCCGAACUGUCAAGAGGCCGAGAGACUGGGGCCUGCUGGAGCCAGCCUUCGAAGAAAAGGACUACACAGUUGUCACAUACCUGGCUGUGGCAAGGUGUACGGCAAAACGUCUCACCUUAAGGCCCAUCUGAGAUGGCACACCGGCGAACGGCCGUUUGUCUGUAACUGGCUUUUCUGUGGUAAAAGGUUCACGAGAUCCGACGAACUGCAGAGGCACCUUCGCACUCACACCGGAGAGAAAAGGUUUGCGUGUCCGGUGUGCAAUAAACGCUUCAUGAGGAGCGACCAUUUGAGCAAGCACAUUAAAACUCACACCGCCGGAGGAGGCGGCAAGAAGGGCAGCGACAGCGACACCGACACCAGCAACCUGGAGACCCCCAGGUCGGAGUCCCCGGAACUCAUUUUAGAGGGAGUAAACUCCGGCAGAGUCACCAUCAAGGACUCAUCUCCACACAACGACUCAUAA